ACAAAAACCGCCUACCUCUUGCUUCUCGCACAUCAUCGUCUUCUCUCCCUCAGAAAUCGAAGUCGCCCACUCCCUCUACCUCUAAAAUCGACCCUAUGUUCUCCGUCAUCUUCUCCGACUAAAGAUUCCCGGCCUUGUCACAAUAGCACGGACGCACGGUUUUGUAUUUCUCUUUCUAUCCGAUUGUCAACUAAAUUGUGGGAAUUGCUGAGAAAUUUGGAAGUUAUAAAUUGCUGGAGAUCUGGAGUGGAGUGUUGAGGCUUCUCAAAAGGUGUAUAGAAGUAUAGUGGAUGUUGGUGGGAUUGAUUGACUGAUUGAGCAAGAUGAUGAUGUUGAGGAGGUGUAGCUCAAGGAUCAACAGCAGCCAUAAGUCUAAGUCUCCAAAGACAAGGAAAAGAAGAUCAUGGAAGGCGGCCAUGGUUUUCCCCAAACUGGACAGGUUUCGAAUGGUGAGGAGGAGAAUAAGAAAAAGAAGAAGAAGCAGUAUUCUUCAUCCCACAGGUUUAAGUAUGCCCUUGAGAAGGUGUAGUUCUAGGGGCAUGGGACAGAGAAGGAAGAGUGGUAGGUGUGAGGACACUGACAUGAAUGCUGAUGCUGAUUCUUCGGAGUCAUGUUUUGCGGAUGCGCACAAAUUCUUUCCUUCCCCUCCCACUACAUUAAAGUGCCUCUACGAGGAGGAGUGUGAGGAGGAUGUGGAGGAUGAGGAGGAUGAGUUCAGAACCCACACUAUUCCUCAUGUAUCAGUUAUAGAGGUUAGCAAGGGUAAGCAUCUGGAUGUUAUAGAUGUGCUGUCUGACUCUGGCCGGAGGCCUUACCUGGUUAGUAAAUUUGGAGAUCGCGUUCCCGUUGAUUCUCUCAGAGGCAAAUAUGUUGUUAUAUGUUGCGCCUCCGUGCCUCUGCAUGCUAAUUACUCUUGUGAGGGUGCUGCCGUAUGCCGGACCAUCAUGGCUGCACGCUCCUGCGGGACUCGUCGUCCUAAUUUUGAGAUCGUCGUUGCUGCCAAGAUGCUUCUUGAUUGGGACAGGGAGGAUGUUUUCAACCACUUCUUCUCUGGUUUCCUGGAUGAUACACUCGCCAUCCCCUUUCGGGAUGUUGCCUCCCGACACCGUUUAUGCGAUUCUGUCCGCUUGGAAUCGGAUACUGCUGUACCUCUUGUUGUAGACCCCCAAGGCUUGGUUUUACAGUCAGUAAUGGAUGGUAGUUGGAAGUUUGAUGAAUAUGGCUCCGAGUUUUUCCCCUUCACUGAUGAGCAUUUGGGUGAGCUUGAUAAAGCUGACCUAACACUGAGGGUAAAGUGGGAUAAAAUUUACAGGGAACAUAAGAAGGAUGAUUUGAGAAGAGAACUUGGUGAUAACUUUGAGCAGAUAUGCAGCACCGGCCGUCCCUCGCUCGACUCUCUACUGGGCUGCACCACUCUCACGAAGCUUGAUGAUACAGGAGUGGGUAUAUUUGUGACAGAGUUGAGCCGGAAAGUUGUGGGAAUAUACCUCUGCAAGGAUGGGUCGUCGAUGGACACUUUCCACCAGUUCCAGCAACGGUGUUUGUCUCACGGUGGCGGUGAUUUUGAGAUGGUGCUGGUCUGCCUUGCCUUUGAAGAGGAACACAGCUCAUUCCUGGAACAUAUUAAGCUGCAUUGAAGAAGCGUGGCAUCAGCUCCUGGUGGCUAUGCCCCUCUGACGACAAGACA